GCUUUCUCGCCUCGGAGACUUUUUCGGCAGCCCGCUUUUCAGCAGCCAAUAGUUGCUGGAUUCCCUGGGUCUGGCUCGCCAUUUCUGAUACACACAAAAACUAUGUCGAGCGAGAAUCGAGACCAAGACACGAAUCAAUAGAUGUAAGCAGCAGAAUUAUGACGAAAGUCAUAUGAUUACUUUAGUUCCACCAUGUUGUCACAAUUGGCGCUGUCAUCGACUCGUGCUUUUGUGCUAGUGCGGAAACGGAACGUAAGAUCCUACACAAAGACAUCAUUAUUUCAAUGACGGUUUGUUUUUUGUCAGAAAUAAAUAAAAACAUUUAACUUACUUUAUCAAAACAAUAUUAAUAAAUUAUUCAAAUAAAAAUCAGGAAAUAAUGUAGUGUCUAUUUCAAGAUUUUACGUAAAAUGAAAUGAAUGUAGGGGGCUUGUUGAGAUUCGAAGCUUCUUAGCAAUGGUCAUAGAUGGCGCAGUAAUGCAAUCAUAUAAAUAAUUAUUAGAAAUGUGAAAAUAUUUUAUAAAAACAAAUAGGUCCCAGCCCAGAUUAAUUAAUAAUACAAUUUACAAUGUGUUUUACAGUAAUAUUUAUCGGCAUAAUUAUAAUACAUAAUUAUGACAUUAUAUUUUUUUUAAACAGUGCAACAUUGUUUAAUAUUAAUCUAUCACAAAAUUACGCGGUAAUAUUUAAAUCCGUAAACUGCUCAGCGACCACAUAAUUACAAAAUACAUUAAUUUAGGUAGCAGUGUUCAAAUUUUACCCAGCUUAUGGAUUCUGUCAGCUGCAUUUUAAUACUGUAUUUUAUUAUUAAUAAAAAAUUUCGUAAGCAUUAAGUAAUAAAUAUUAAUAACCCCAAUAUUGUAAAAAUUAAACAGCUCAAGGCUUGCUUUUGCCAUUGCCAAUAGUGUUGUCGCUCUCUUAUGUUCGCUACUACGUGAAACAGCCAAUAACUCCCUCCUAAGGCCCCCUCCUUUGUAUUUUUGUAUUUCGAAACAUAGAACUCUGCCUCACCUCUGCGUUCUAAAGUAACUAUGUGAUUACAAUGCUCGCUGAGCACGUAUGAUUUCAGUUCAGGUAUGAUACACAAGGAGCAUUGUAAAGUGAAAAAACGUAUAAGAUUAUAGACCUGUCGUAUUGAAUGAAUAUAACAAGCAACUAGUUCGGCGUCACGUCACAAUUUUCUUUAUCAUCAUUUCGGUGGUAAACUUAACGUAGUAUGGCCGUCGUUUGGAAGUAUUCACAGUUUUACUUCCACAAAGAAUACGCGAUAAACAUUGAACGGAGCGAAUUACGAAAGACUUUUUUAAACAAAUAUUUAACGCGAGUGAGAUAAACAAUCGAUAGAAGUGUUAAUUUGAAGGAGUUUACAAAAGGAACAACACGCGACCUCCUUUUAUUUCUACAUUUUUAAGGAUUUCACCUAAAUUUAAUUCAAGAUGUGGUUAAUCAGCCAGCCUAAUUCAGUUAUUCUGCAAGUUAAAGCCGAUCCCAAUGCAAUUGGACAAGAAUGUUUGGAGAAGGUCUGCGAGAAAUUGGAGAUAGGCGCCGAAGCGGACUACUUCGGCCUCCAGGUGUGUCCAGGAUCAGGGCCCGGAAGAUGGUUAAACUUGCGCAACCCCCUCGAUCCCCACCGGAUACCCGGAGGCAGGCUGGACUUGCGCGUCAAGUUCUGGGUGCCUCCCCACCUCUUAAUAAACGAGCCAACCCGCCACCAAUUCUACCUGCACGCCAAACUCGACCUCACCGAAGGAAGACUGGUAGUCGCCGACUUGGAAGUCGCCAGACGCAUCAUUGCUUACAUCGCCCAAGCGGAAACGGGUGAUUGCGACCCGGAAGACCCACCAACACAAAUAUACGAGGAGUGUGACAAAAUCGGUCCUCAAGGCGAGAAGCCCGAAGAUCACAUAGCCAAAAUCGUUGAAUACCAUUCCGAGAUCGCGGGCAUUCGAGCGUCUCAAGCCGAAUAUAGGCUUUUGAAGGAGAUCUCGAAUCUGGAGUCUUUUGGGGAGGAGCUGUUCUUCUGCAAGCCCGUGACGCAGUUGAACAACGCUCACAAUUUGUAUAGCCACUUGCUGUAUCACACGCAGCAGACGGAAGAGCCGAGGGCUAGAGACGAGCAAGAGAUCGAUGGUGGAGCGACUGUUGGCUGUCUGGCGAGCGGCCAGAGCGGAGGCGGCUGUGGAUGUCGUCUGAGCACCAGUGUCGGAGUGGGUCCUCAUGGAAUCGUGGUCUACAGGCCGGCGUGCAAUGGAGAACAGGAGAUUGGAGUUGAAAAACAGAGCAUCAAGUACACAGUGAUCCAUCGCGCGCAGCCUUUGCGUCGCAUCUUCCAGCUGUCGUACGUGACGGCGGAAGGUCACGAGGCGACGUUGCACGUCAAGAUGGCGACCUCCGGACAAGCGGCCGCACUCUACCGCGCCGUCACCGAGAAACACGCCUUCUACUGCUGCGAGACUGUACGCAGCGAUGUCACCGAGCAGUUCAUCAGGGAUUUGAAGGGUACGAUAGCAUCCAUCUUCAACGACUCUACGACCCUUGGCCGUCGUUACGUUUUCGAUAUACGCCGCACUUGUCGCGAGGUGCACGAUCGUGCGAGACGGGACCGGCACUCCAGAGCUCCGAAGCCCCACGGGCAGGAAGUGAAGGGUGUCCGAAGCAGAUCUCUCAGCAACGGUGGCGGUGAGUCAUCGCUGGCUUGCCGCGUGUGUAUGGACAACGGAAUGGACACAUUGUUCCUGCCUUGUAGACAUGUCAUCUGCUGCCAGGAGUGUGCUAAUAGAUGCGAUAAGUGCCCACUAUGCAGGGGUCUCAUAGAAAAAUCCAUGCACAUAUUCCUCCCGGUGGAAUACCAAAAAUCACCGGGCAUUAUAAUCAAAUGAACCGGAUUCGCCGAAUGAACGUUGAUGGCCCAAACUGACCGCGGUUCCCGACCUGUGUGAAUAGACCCUUCUUGUGCCGUUCGCGCCAUGUUGGCUGCAUGCGAUGGAUGUCGUUAGUGUUGCCAGCCCAUAUAAUAUAGUAUCCUACUAUAUUAGGUGAUCAAAUACUAUAUUUCUAAUAAAGUAUAUAUAGUAGGCGAAACUACUAUAUUUUGCUUAAAGCAGAUUUAUGCCAGUAAAAAAGUGUUCUUAAAAAUAAGAAUAACAAUUAUUAAGGCAUGGAAGAGCCAAAAUAUUCAUUUUAAAAAUUAAAAAAAAAGUAGAUAUUUUAACCACAUACUAUAUUUUUUUCAUCUUUUUGGAAUCUACUAUAUUUUUAGAGGUAACAGCUUCCAAAAUACUAUAUUUGAUAGAAAGUUGGAUAAAAGUUGGUAAACCUAGAUGUCGUGGAAAUGAAAAAAAAACACUUGUUGUCUGUGUUAGUGAUGAUGACGUAAUCAGCGACAAUAAUUUUGGUUGUCUCGUCGACUUGUAGUGAAAUAAAUGAAAAUUUUUGAUUGUGGUGACGGCAAAUUUCUUGAGCAAAACUUGAAGCAAAGAAAUUUACGCAGUGCACAUUUUUAUGUGUAAAAUUGGUACUGCGCAAACUUUCUUGUCUAUGGUCGUUGCUCAAAAAAUUUUCCGGGAUGUCAUAUUAAACGAUAAGUGCCCUUAAAAAGACCGACUGUAAGAUUGUGUGUGUGAAUGUCUAGUCAACAUUGUGACUCUUUAUAAUUAUUACUUAUGUAACAUGCAUUUUCUCUUAUGUUAUUUUGGGAAACUUCAAUCUAAUUUUCAUUCCAAGAUAAAACUAAUGGAAAGUUACACCUGUACCUAUAAUAUGUUGCGAUAACUGCCUUUGAUUUAAUGAAUUCGAUUUGUCUGUAGAAAUAAUAUCACUUUAUAAUAAUAAUUAAUCCUUUCGUUAUAGAAAGGUGUAUUUUGUACUAAUGAAUACAUUUUUGUGAUAGAAUUUAAAGAGUGGUUAAAAUAAAAAGUAUUUUUUAAUCAAUCAUUCAAUCUUCAAUUUUUUCAAGCAAAUUUUGCAUUUUGUUAAGACUUUAACGGAAAACAAUUUUUGUUUUUGUUUUUAUUUCUUUUCUUUAACAUUACGGUAUAAUUUAUUUAUAAGAUUUAAUUGUAAGACCUAUGGUCUAUAAGUUGGCAAAUUUUAACAUUAUAUUUAAAAAAAAGAAUAAAGAGAAUAAAACAAUAAUUACGUUAUACCUAC